ACCGGUUUAAAAACCUUCAAAUCAAGUUUUCUUUUCUUAAAAAGUUGAAUAAUCAUGGCCGGCGGCGAUAUAAUCAGACCCCAAAUGAAACAGGCGAUAGUUGAGGACGAAUUGGACGCUAUAAUCAACUUCCUCGAUAAAGAAGCACGUCCAAAUUUGGUGCAGGGCUUUUGCCAACCUGCAAAUGCUGGAGAAAGUGUUGACUACGCCAUGCAAAUUGUGGAGCAUUUUGUAAGCACUUUCGUUGCUGGAGAUAAUUUUUCGCCUGAAACAGAAGUUAAAGAAAUAGGACUUUUCCAUCCUUCACAGGCAAAUGCAGAUUUCGUUGUGCCAAUGGAGCCAGAAGCAGAGUUCCAAAUGGUGACUUUUCUGGAGCCCCAGAUAGCCGAUUGUCCUCCACUUGAAUUCCCCAAUCUGAAUCUGGAUAACUCCGAGAGUUCACGAUGGGACUCUGAUAUCUCUGACAGCUGUCCACCAUCACCUUCCCCAUUAUCCUCGCCUUCACCACGUUCCUCUGCAUCGUCCUCUGAGUCAGGUAUUGAGGAUGGGAGUGAUAUGGAAGAAGCAAUCCCUACCAUCAGCCAAACAGCAAAUGAGCCUCUUGUUGUAAAAAUGGAAAAUCCAUCUUCUCCCCUCAAUGCUCUGAAUCAACCUCCACUCAACGUGACUAAGAAGAGACGGAAGGGCCACAGAAGAACUCAAAAUGACAGCAGUGUCUUGGAGGAACUCAACAAGCUUCUUGUGGAAACAAUGGAAACAAGGGUGUCUUUGGCAUCGGCUCUUAUGGACCAUUCUCGAUCUCACAUUUUCCAAAGUCCAGCCCAAAUUACUGGCCUUGAUGAUGAAGUGAUGGCUGGUGUUCAAACCACAGCAUCACCAACAUCAGUUUCUCACAGCUGCCCCCAAUCUGUCCAAGUGAGCCAAACCACCACAUUGAUACCUGCCUCUCAUGUGUCAGUCUCUAGCCAAUCAACAUCAACAGUUACCAUUCCCAAGCUAAGCACACCACCUCCAGUUGCUUCUCCAUCCAGAAUAAAGAACAAGAACACAAGAAAUCCUAGAAAGACCGAUGAACCUAAGAUUGUGAUUAUCGAGGAGCCUGAAGAGAAUUACCGAGCAAGAUAUGAGAGUGAAGGCUGCAGAGGUCCUAUUCAUGGUUCUCAAGACAAUACUUUCCCAGCUGUGAAGGUGACAGGAUAUGAUGAAGCUGUGUGGAUUACAGUGCAUUUGACCACCAGCAGCGGUGUGCCACAUUACCAUUCUAUUCAUGGGCCUGGCUCUACUAAGGUCCCUUGCAAGGAAACGACAUUGCCUGGGGGAGUCCCAGCCGUUCAAGUCAUGGUUGCCCCAGAUACAAACAUGACUGCUGUGUUGGAUUCACUCAGUAUCCGUAGACUGCGGAACUGGGAAGGUGAUAGAGAGUUGAGAAAGAGGGGAAUAGAUCCAAGAGCUUGGAAGAAGGAACGCAAAGAAGCACGACUGUUAUUUCAGGCAGAGAUACCAGAAAAAGAUGGUGGUCCUGCAUUAAAGCUGUCUUGUAAAUCCAAAGUGUUCCAGUGCAGUUCCUCUGGUCCCCCUGGUAAUCCUGAAAUAUGGUGGGCCAGUAUCAGCGAGGGUUCCGCUGAGGGUGGUGAUGAACUGGGUCUGAUUGGGAAAAAGUUUCAGUCUGGUUUCAAAGUACGAUUCUUCUCUGUGAACCCCACUGGUAGGCAGUCUGUCUCUUUUUUCCUUUGUUAUACUGAUGAAUGUUCACAGGAGUAUAAUCAAGGGGUAAAUUUGUUCAUUGUGGGCUGUUUUGUCAGUGACGUUAACCUUAAAAUGAACACGACUGACUUUACAUCCUACUCUGUAGAAUGACUUGCUCCUUGCUUGUGUUCUUGUGAUUGUUGGGCAUUAGCUUACAAUGCAAAGUGACGUCGUCUUGAGAGAUUUUUACUUGUUUCGAGAGUUUAUCCAGCUUGUUUCCAGACUAAGGUGUUGAAACCAAGAAAAAAACUUGUUUGAUUCAAAACAAAAACCAAAAGAUAACCAAGGGUAACAUGCAUUGUAAUCUGAUACCCUACCUUUUUGUACUUGUUUUGUUUAAACUGGCACGCCUCAUUAUCUAUAGUAAAACAAAAAACUGAAUUAGGCUGCUGCUUCUUGCUUUUGGGAAGUAUAGAUGGUUUGAUGUUUCGGAUUUUUGCAUAUGUAAAACAACAAGAGCCUCAUUCACUGUAAAUUGGCAAAUUUUGAAAGUGAUUCAGCUUUGUGAAAUGUAAUGUAGAUCUGUGCCUGAUUGCUGUGAUAUUCUUGUGUCAAUGGACUUGGGUAGACUUGACAGGUAAUGUAAGAUUGGGUUUCUUGGGUGGGUGAAUGUUUGGGUUAAA